CUACGGCGGGGCUCCUGGGGCGCUGCGCGGCGGCAAAGAUGGCAGCGGCCGAAGCGGGCGACACUCAGCAGAUGCUGGGUGUCGGGCUGAUCGAAAAGGACACCAACGGAGAGGUUCUGUGGGUGUGGUGUUACCCUUCCACCACAGCUGCUCUCCGGACGCUACUGCUGAGGAAAUGCUGUCUGACAGCCAGUAACAAACUGUCUCAGCCCUUCGUCUUUGGCCAGUACAGACGGACGUGGUUUUACAUCACAACAGUCGAAGUUCCAGAUUCUUCAGUUUUGAAAAAGGUGACUCAUUUUUCUAUUGUUGUGACCGCCAAAGAUUUUAACCCAGAGAAAUACGCCGCCUUCUCUAGGAUGUUGUGUAGAGUGUACCUGAAGCAUGGCAGCCCUGUGAAGAUGAUGGAGAGUUACAUUGCAGUUCUCACAAAGGGGAUAUGCCAGAGUGAGGAGAACGGCUCUUUCCUCAAUAAGGACUUUGAUGCCCAAAAAGCAUACCUUGCAGGCUCCAUCAAAGACAUCGUAGCUCAGUUUGGCAUGGAAACUGUGAUCUUACACAUGGCGCUGAUGCUAAAGAAAAGAGUUGUCGUCUAUCACCCCAAGAUAGAAGCUGUCCAGGAGUUCACAAGGACCCUGCCCGCCCUGGUGUGGCACCGCCAGGACUGGACCGUACUCCACUCCUACGUGCAUCUGGACACUGAUGAGCUGGAUGCCCUGCAGAAAUGCCCAGGGUAUGUCGCCGGAUUUGUGGACCCAGAGGUGAGUGACCGAUCAGACCUCUAUGACGUAUUCGUGAAUCUGGCAGAGAGCGAGAUCACCAUCACUCCACUCGCGAAAGAGGCCAUGACAAUGGGCAAACUGCACAGAGAAAUUGGCCAGCUCAUUGUCCAGUCUGCAGAAGAUCCAGAGAAAUCGGACAGCCAAGUGAUACAGGAUAUUUCCCUCAAAACCAGAGAAAUCUUCACCAACCUGGCACCAUUUUCAGAAGCUUCUGGCGAUGGAGAGAAGCGAGUCCUCAAUUUUGCGGCACUGAAGCAAAGACGCUUCCCCCCGGCGACUGAGAACUUCCUCUGCCAGCUCGCAGUAGCCGAGCAGAUGCUGAAAAUCUGACGGAGUGUGACAGAAGGCAGCACCAGAGUUCCCCACCGUCACCCACUAACUCUGUAAAUGACUGAAAAGAAACACAGAAAAUGUUAUAUUUUUAAUGAUUUAUUUGCAAGUAUUGAGAUUUGACCUGAAAAGAAAAAAAGUACUGAAGUAAAUGUGAUGACACUUCCAACUGUCUCCUGCUUGGUUAGCCUCAAGCCCACUCUCAGUGUUGGGUUAGACAAACUCGCUUUAACUUCUCAGUGUCACGUGAGCAUAUGACCUGAUGUCCUGAAGUAAAAGCUCUGUCAAAUUCUCCUGCAACUUAUAUCAAAUCCAAAAGCCACCAUCACUCUGAAGUCCGGCUUUGUCUCUUGUGUGGCCACAAGCAAAUGGGUCCUUUUCAGAAAGCUGCCUGUGAUGGUGCCUUACAUUCUUCUAGGAAGAAAUUUCAUUCCUCACAAGGAACUCAACUCUCUGAGCCAAACGACUUAAGUUCCCCCACGGAACCGUCUAGAAGGUCACCUCAAAAGACCCUGCAGUUGCACUUUCUUGUAAAAAAAAAAAAAAGGUUUUUUUUUUUUUUUUUGCCUUGGCCUUGGGACAUUUUGCCUAUAUAACAGGCUUUGCGUAGGUCUCUUACUUAUACAUCAGGCAACUUGAAUGGUCCACAUUUAUACCCUUGUAAAGGAUAAGCCUUUGGCAAGCUUACAGCAUUAGCACUCUGAUUAACCCUAGAUGAGCCCCCAUGUGGUAGAAUGAAAGAGGCCCCCUUUGAGUGUAAAAAAGUGGAAACCAGCAGCUUUUUGUAAUUGCGAAACAGUUGUAAGAACUGAACCCUUACAAGUGCCCCAGCCAGAGAGUGUCUUCAAACAACUGCAGCAGAAGUCCGCGAGCACACCCGAUUAUGGUCCAGUACGUCUCUGCGAUGAUUGGAGAUCGAAAGAAAGCCUGCUAAAUAAUAAAUAAGCUAGUUCUCAAAUUA